GAAAACUAUAGGCUUGAGCUAUAGGCCUUUGGGGGAAAUGGUCAUGGGACUCCAGGUAGCCCUUCGAGGGCUCACAGGACUGCUGUGCUUGCUGUGUGUCCUGCCCUGGGCCAGAGGUGGGAAGGUGCUGGUGUUUCCUGUGGAUGGCAGCCACUGGCUGAGCAUGCGGGACGUGGUGAGGGAAUUGCACAAUCGAGGCCACCAGGCUUUGGUCAUGGCCCCAGACAUGAACAUGCACAUCAAAGAAGAGGAGUUCUUCAUCAAGAAAGCAUAUGCUUUUCCACUCACCAAUGAAGAAUUUCACCAUAUUAUGCGUGAAUACUCUGAGUUCAUCUUUAAAAAUGAACAUUAUUUGAAGACCUUUUUAAAAAAUGCUGCAACUUUAAAAAUCAUGGCUAAGUUCCACACGACGUCUUGUGAGAACCUCAUGUACAACAUGACUCUGAUGAGCCAUCUGAAGUCCAGUGCCUUUGAUGUGCUGUUAACGGACCCUGUUAUUCCCUGUGGGGCAGUGCUGGCCAAGUACCUGAAUAUCCCGGCUGUUUUUUUUCUACGCUCCCUAUUCUGUAGCCUGGAAUGGGCAGCUACUCAGUGUCCAGACCCUUCGUCAUAUAUUCCUAGGUUCCUGACAAGGCAUUCAGACCACAUGACCUUCUUGCAGAGGGUCAAGAAUUUUCUCUACCCUUUUCCCCUGAUGUAUAUUUGUGAUUUUUCAUUUACCCCUUAUGCACGGCUCGCCUCUGAGCUCUUGCAGAGAGAGGUGUCGGUGGUGGAUAUCUUCAGCCACGCAUCCGUGUGGCUGUUCAGAGGGGACUUUGUGUUGGACUACCCCAGGCCUAUCAUGCCCAACAUGGUCUUCAUUGGGGGCAUCAACUGUGGCAACCGGAAGCCACUCUCUCAGGAAUUUGAAGCCUACAUCAACGCCUCUGGAGAACAUGGGAUUGUGGUUUUCUCUUUGGGAUCCAUGGUCGCAGAGAUUCCAGAGAAGAAAGCUAUGGCAAUUGCUGAAGCUCUGGGCCAAAUACCUCAGACAGUCCUGUGGCGCUACACUGGAAGUCGACCAUCAAAUCUUGCCAACAACACAAUACUUGUCAAGUGGUUACCCCAGAAUGAUCUGCUGGGUCACCCAAAGACCCGGGCAUUCAUCACACACUCUGGCUCCCAUGGCAUUUAUGAAGGAAUCUGCAAUGGCGUCCCCAUGGUCAUGCUGCCCUUGUUUGGUGACCAGAUGGACAAUGCAAAGCGCAUGGAGACCCGGGGGGCUGGCGUGACUCUGAAUGUACUUGAAAUGACUUCUGAUGACUUAGCAAAUGCACUCAAAGCAGUCAUCAAUGACAAAAGCUACAAGGAGAACAUCAUGCGCCUCUCCAGCCUUCACAAGGACCGCCCCAUUGAGCCCCUGGACCUGGCUGUGUUCUGGGUGGAGUAUGUGAUGAGGCACAAGGGGGCGCCACACCUGCGCCCUGCAGCCCAUGACCUCACCUGGUACCAGUACCACUCCUUGGAUGUGAUUGGCUUCCUUCUGGCCAUUGUGCUGACAGUGGCCUUCCUCAGCUUUAAAUGUUGUGCCUUUGGCUGUCGGAAAUGCUUUGGGAAGAAAGGGCGAGUUAAGAAAUCCCACAAAACCAAGGCCCAUUGAGAAGUGUUGGAAAGUAAGGGGAAAUCUUGACAUAUUCUCCAAUCAUUUAGACACUUGGAAACAAAUUCCAUAUCAAAUUCAUUUUAAGAAUAAAAUUCUUAAAAGGAAAUUCUUUGUACAAUUGGGAUCCACAGAGCACUUUUCUUUAAAACUAAAAAGAAUCCAAUUGCUGGACAUACUUAUGGUAAAGUACUGAAUAUACAUUCUGCUUGUCUGGUUUCUUUAAUCUGACUGCACCUGUCAGCCCUCAGAUGGAUUAUAGAGCAAAACUAACACAGUUCUUAAUUUUCUUGUUCAUAAAUGUAGACCCUUUAGGGACAUAUGUUUCAAACACCCCCUAGCUUUGGAUGACUUUUAACACUGUCAUCCACUGUAAUAUUGUGAUCAAUUCCUGUCCAGAGAUUGUUGGUCCUUACUUGUAUCCAUACUUCAUAGGGUGUCACCUGGUGUUUAUAGAAGGAAGUUUUAGUACCUUUAAAGUAUGCCUGAUAUGAAUAAAUGGCUUGGAGUCCUUGAAAACACAUAUGGUUUCUGACCUUGGGGAAAAGAAUGAAAAGAAUGAUGUUUUAAGAUUGCUGGGUACUGUAUUUGAGAGGAUGAUCACUGCUACCUCAGAUGGAUCUGUAUUUGAUGAAAGCUAUAGAGUUGGGCAAAAAUGUUUUCUCAGAUGUUUCCCCAAAGCAAGAUUUAUUAAUAAAUUUUCACAAAUA